AAACAAACAAAUGAAAUGCAUUCAACUGGUCAGCACGUGACCUCCAUGAUUCAUCAAUAACCCCUGUCAUCAAUGAGGAGCGUAGUGAUGUGUUACCCAUUGUUUAAAAUAUACAUAUUCGUUUUGCAAAAAUCCCAAAGUUGGGCGAGCGCAAACCACAGUACCGGAUCUAGGACCUAUUUAGGAGACUUGAAGAAGUUUCAUGCUGUGUACCCAGGAUGCAAAAUCACUACUGAGAGUGAAGAACCUGUCAACGAGGAAAGAAUAGCGCCAAGUAGGUUGACUCUGAACUUCCCACGCAAAUUGUCAUCAGUUCAUAAAAUUCAUUCAAGAACCGGUAAUUUAAAUGCUUUUAAAUCUAACUGUAAUGAUUUUGUACAAAGUAUUGUCCAAUUUAUAUAA